UAGGUCCUUCCUGUCUCACUUACUUAAUCACUUACAUGCUGUAUUAGACAAAAUUGACUUUACUAAUACACCUUACCUACCUUAUCCUUCGAGUGCUAUCCGAACCUGAACUUACGUACGUACAAUGAUUUGUGCAGGAAUAGACCCAACAUGUCGUUGGCCAUUUAUUUUUGUGGCAGCAUCCGUGCUGGACGGCAAGAUGUGGACUUGUACGGUCGAUUGACGGACAAGUUGUCUAAGUUUGGACGGAUCCUCACCCCGUUUGUGGCGGAUCCAUUGGUGACGGGCAUGAGCGGUGAGCACGAGGAGAACGAUCGCCAGAUCUACGACCGAGACAUGGAAUUGCUCGAUGAAUGCGAUGUUGUUGUGGCCGAGGUUACCGUGCCAUCACUGGGCGUGGGCUUUGAAAUUGGGAGUGCUGUGGCGAUGGGGAAAAGGAUAUUGUGUCUGUACCGUCCCCAACCCGGAAAGAACCUUGGAAUCGUGUUUAAUGUUGACGUGUUUUUUGCUCACAGAAAAGUCCGGACUCUGGUGAUCAUUAAUCAAUUUGACGCCGUUGACCAUUGACCUUAAACAACUAGAUUGAUCCAAAAUAGAUGGUGGUAGUAUUUCUGUUGUGUGAUUGGUCAUGCAAUAUAAAAGUCUUUUUGAUUGAUGUUUCCCGUCCGACGGAUGAAUAAAACCGCAAUGUCCGACCAUGAAUGAAGAUCGCCAAGGAUU